UCUGAAGUCUAAUACGUUAAACGAAAUGUGUUAGAGACCAUUAAAAAUGGAUAAAAAUAAUUUAGCUUCAGGGUCUGAGGAAGGGAUUGACUGGGGAGAAAGUGCAGUUGAAGAAGGGAAGAUUAUGAAGAAGAUGAAAAGCUUACCAAAGAAUGUGCACACUGGCCUUCCUGCUCCCAUUGUAGACCCUGUGAAAUGCUCUCUGAUUAAAGGAGAUUACCUCUACUUCUACUAUGGCUGUGAUGGGCAAGAUGACAGAGGAUGGGGUUGUGGCUACCGCACCAUUCAGACAAUGGCUUCCUGGCUGUGCGAUAACUGGCCCCCACCUAAGGGCCAACACAGACCCCCACCUAGCCUCCCAGAAACCCAGCAAGCCUUGGUGACCAUGGGGGACAAGCCAGGCUCGUUCUCAGGCUCUAGGGAGUGGAUUGGAACAUUUGAAGCCUCCCUGGUCCUUGACUAUUUCUAUGAUGUUCCCUGUAAAUUGGUACACAUCAGAGGUGGAGGGGCAGAGCUGGAGGAGGUUGCAGUGGAAGAGCUCCAUCAGCACUUUCAGAAACAUGGAUGUCCAGUCAUGAUGGGAGGGGACAGGGAUAACUCCUCCAAGGGGAUUGUAGGCGUUUGCACAGACAAGACGGGGAGCCACUUGCUAAUCGUUGACCCUCAUUACUAUGGAUGUCAGCUGGAGAUGGAGGAAUUGCAGAAGCGAGGGUGGGUGGCAUGGAAAAGAGUGUCAUCUCUGGAUCAGUGUUCAUUUUAUAAUCUGUGCAUGCCUCAGACUGCCAAAAAAUGAUCAAAUAAAUGCACAAACCUGCAAAUCAUGUUGAUAUUUGUGUGGGUGAACUCAGCAAAAUGUUGGACUUCCUCACUGAUACAAUUGAGUAUCAGUGAUUGCAAGUGUCUUACUUGAAUGAACUGUCUACAGUGCUGUCUGCAUGUGUGUUUUA